AUGACAGCCAUCUGUUGUGUCCAACUGCGCAUGAGCGGAAAAAGGUGGACGAGAGCGAGGCAGCUGUAUGGGAAAAAGGGAGUCGGGCAAUUACAAACAUGGUGAAGAAUACGUUUGUUUAUCUCGUUUUUUGUGUUUAUUUGUAGUUAUCCCAUACAUCUUUGAUGAAAUUAACACUCUAAACACUGAAUUUAAACAAACUUGCGUCAACGGUUAUCUGUUAGCAUUGCAAAGGUAACGUUAGCUAGCUGUUAGCUAGCUAGCUUUUCAGCAACUCGACUGGAUUUCGGUUCAUUGUCAUUGAACAACCUAGCUAGCUUGUCAAUACUGCAUAGCUAGGUUGUCAGACAGUCAUAGUCAACAACAGAUAUUAGACAGUCAGUUUAGCUAUCUAAACAUUAAACCUUGCUAAAGAAGCCGGCCAAUCUCGGCUAGCUGGUCGUUCUAAUGAACAUUAUGCGCCGUCGCGGAUCAUAGCUUUGACUAGGCCUGUUUGUUUUGCCUAUGAACGCCGUGGCUAAGUUAAGAGUGGGUAUUGGAUAGGAUGUGUGAAUGCCACAACAACUUCAUUGUUGUGCUCAGCCCCCCGAAUGUCAUGCCAAUACCUUUCUGCACCCAAACCUUCAUGUAUAGUCGAUUAAGCAGUUUUGCAUUGUGUUGUCUUGAUACCUAGAGGAAAGUCAUUAGGCAGCUAAGUAGCUUUCCAAAACAACCUCCGUGGCUAUAAGUAAGCUAUUAUAACAUGCAUCCAAGAUUAUGCUUAUUGCUUGGUAAGAUAACAUCAGAAGAAGUGUGCAAUGCAUGUAUUGUCAGGUGUGCAGACUCAAGAGUGCUGCCAGGGAUGGCAUUUCUACGCAAGACUAUACAGUUUUGAAAGCUCACAAUUCUGAGCAUGAGUAGAGCUAUAUUUCAGUCAUAGUAUAUUGUGUUUGUCCUGUAAAUGUCUGUGUUGUUCCACAGAACAAGCUGAAGUCCUCACAGAAGGAUAAAGUUCGACAGUUCAUGAUCUUCACACAAUCGAAUGAGAAGACUGCAUUGACCUGUCUGUCACAGAAUGACUGGAAACUAGAUGUCUCCACAGACAACUUUUUCCAAAAUCCAGACCUCUACCAUUCAAAUCUAAAGGGAGUGUUGGACAAGAAAAGGUUAGAACAGCUCUACAACAGAUACAGAGGUAAGUGUUAUAUUUUUUUUCACAUCUCUGUCUAUGCUGGUUGUACUAUAAUAAUAUAUGCUAUUUAGCAGACGUUUUAUCCAACGCGACUUAGUCAUGCGUGCAUACAUUUUUAAAUAUGGGUAGUCCAGGGAAUCUAACCCACUAUCCUGGUGUUGCAAGCACCAGGCUCUACCAACUGAGCUACAGAGGGCUUGUCAAGGGCACAAGACAGUACUAUGGUACUGUAAGUAAAAACAACAGCAGUAUAACUGACUGUAAAAAUAAAAAUUGCCAUAGGCCAUGUAUGAUGUCGAAACACACAACUCACCUUUUACCACCAAAAUCAAAUAAAAUUGAUAUCAAAUAAAUACAUAUAUUUGUCAGUCAAUUUACGCCUUUGUCAGUCAAGUUACUCACAGUGGUGAAAGUAUUAAUUGAACACCUUAUUUUUGCCUUAUCCUUCACUCAGACCCACAAGAUGACAACAAGAUUGGUAUAGAUGGCAUCCAGCAGUUCUGUGAUGACCUGGGCCUGGACCCGGCUAGUAUUAGUGUGCUCUUCAUCGCCUGGAAGUUCCGGGCUGCAACACAGUGCGAGUUCUCCAGACAGGAGUUCAUGGAUGGGAUGGCAGAACAAGGGUGAGGAGGGCCUCUGAGGAGAGAGGUUUUACUUAAUUUCUGGGGCCAAUUUACUGACAACAAGUGACUGUGCAUCUGUGUGUGUUGUGUUCAUUCAUUUCAUAAUGUAAUUAUAGAGGAAAUGGUUUAUUGUCUUCCUUCAGCCACUGAGUUGUGUAACAGAAUGUAGGCUAAGCUCUUCUUUCUCCACAUCAGAUAGGCUAACCCUUAAACUUGUACUUGGUGCUAAAGCUUAUUUUGUUCUCCUCAGGUGUGACAGUAUAGAGAAACUAAAAGCCCAACUACCAAAAAUGGAGCAAGAGUUAAAGGACCAUGGGAAAUUUAAGGACUUUUACCAGUUUACAUUUAACUUUGCAAAGAAUCCUGGCCAGAAAGGUUUGGGUAAGCAAUCAAUUUUGACAUUCCUGAUCUAUUUUCAUAGUCUGGACUUGGACUUCUCUCAGACAUGUCCUCAUUGUUGUGCAUUUUCUAGACUUAGAAAUGGCAAUUGCGUAUUGGAAUUUAGUACUGGCUGGAAGAUUCAAAUUCCUGGACCUGUGGAACAAAUUUUUAGUGGUAAGUUAUUUUCUCUUAAUCGAAUAGGCUUUAUUGAUCCACACAGAAAGGAAAUUGGAUGGGUUUGCUUCAGUUGAAGGCUUCAACAAACAUGUAGGGCGAUAAAUGAAGGCUAGUAGUUUCUCUUGAUGCUAAUUUUGAUGUUUUCCUCCACUUUCCCUGCAGGAGCACCAUAAACGAUCAAUCCCUAAAGACACCUGGAACCUCUUGUUAGACUUCAGCACAAUGAUAACUGAUGACAUGUCCAAUUACGAUGAGGAAGGUUUGUGUUUUUGUGUCAUAAGGCUGAAAACUAUAGCAGCCCAUUGCCACAGGUCAGGUCAGGUGCAUGAUAAUGGAAUGAAUCAGUUGUGAAUAGAACAAUAUGGAGCCAGCCCACUUGUUGCCUCUCCCAACAACCACCAGAGUAGAAAAGUUAUGUUUUCUUGCUUAACCCUGCAUCUGUUGUGGUUCCUUUUAGAUAAAGCAAGUUGAAUAUAAUGCAUGAAACAUCUGUCAUUUCUUUAUCUCUUUCCUCCAAGGGGCAUGGCCGGUCCUCAUUGACGAUUUUGUGGAGUUUGCACGACUGCACAUCGGGACCAAAAGCACCGCUGUCUAGGGGCUGCCCAAACUCGUAGGAACGUCUAUACGUUUGUUUAUACAAAAAACACACAACCGAGGCGGAGAAACGGAGCACAGGGGACUGCACUGAGCUGAGAUCUAUGUUGCCUUUUCCAACCCUCAGGACUGAGAUGUUUUACACAACAAAGACUAUAUAAAAGGCAUAUCUCCUCGUCGGUCGUCUUGUGGUGGUUUGGGAUUUUAUCUUUAGUAUGGGGUUUUUUUUAUGUCAACUCUAGCAAACUGGAGAGCAGUCGCCAUCCUGGACCUUACAGUUCCUGUCCCAGUGUUUAGUUGACACAGUCGAGGUUCGCGUGAAGCAAACCGACACCCCGAAAAGACAAAUACAAUUGUAUCGUAUUCUAAACACGAGGGUCCGUGAGGGAAUGUCAUUCUUUAAAUAUUAAAUUUAAUUUUAAUACUUUGUGUGCGUUCCUGCUAUGAAUAUGAAUUUUGUUUUAUGAGACUUGUGUGACAGAACAGUACAAAAACAUUUGAUUGUAAUUUUUGUUUGUUUUAAGCAUAAUGCUAUUCAAUUACAGAUGUAUAAGGUAAUAAAUGUUUCAAUUUGGUAUUUC